GCUGGGAGAAACAAUAUUUAGUUUCCUUCUGUGGAUGCAAAUACUCAGUGAAUUGACAAUAAAGGGAAUCUUGAAUCUUGAAUUUAAAUGAAAAUUUCACUUUGCUAGAUGCAAUAUUUUUUAAAAAUUAUUUCAGACCUUGAUUCUCUCAAAUCAUCGGUUUGGUCUCUUGAAAGUUAUUUGACCCUAUAACUAACUAACUCACUUAAUCUUUUUUUUUUAAUCUAUUUCAUGUUUUUUUUUAUGAUUGAAUGAUUUAUUCUGCUAACUUUUUUUUUAUUUACUUUUUUAUGUGUAAAUGAUUGAUAAUAUUUGUAAAGUCAUCUUCUUUAUAAUAAUAAAAAAAAAAAAAAGAUCUUGAGCAUAAAGCGGAAAUUAAUUUUGUCCAGCGCUCCUUCCCGUAGCCUGACACCUGACGUCACACAUAACAAGUAUGGCAGCGUCCUCUGAGCUGCAGCUGUCUGGUGUUGCUGGGAGAGAAGCGUUAAAACGCGAGUUAUGAUAACGAUUUAUCGCGUUAUUUAUAGCGUUUACUAUCAUAGUUCUCUGGUCAAAUAUAUGUGGGAGGAUUAAAGACAUUUCUCGCUGUGAAACAUGGGUUUAGAGCGGCUGUUAUGCGGGGCGCUGCUGUCCACGCAGUCUCCACGGAGCAUGUCCGGCGUGCUUCACCGGGCAGCAGCUCUGUACAGCCGGAUGGUCGUUCACUCAAGCCGCCACAGAGAGCCGGCUGCCCGCCUCCUCUCCUCCUCCACCCAGCCCUCCAGAGAUGUCACCCUGUUCCAGCACGACCGGACCCGCUUCUUCCGGCUCCUCUCGCUCUUCUGCGGCGGACAGCUCCUCUUCUGGACCUACCUGGGCCACUUCGCUUACACCGGGCUCAGAGACACAGGGAGAGGGACAGCCAAGACCUCCACCACCACCACCUCCAGCACCACAACAACAACCACCACCACCAUGGGGCUGGCUGGGAUCUGGAGCUUUGAGAUGAACCUGGGCUCAAACAGCUGGAGGUUUGGCUUCACCCUGGGGUGCCUGGCCAUGGGAGCAGGGGUCGUUGGGCUCGGGGUGCUGUUCUGCAGGCGCUCUGUCAGCCAGGUGGUGUUACACCAAGGUGGCAGGAUGGUGACAGUCUCCACACAGUCGCCUCUGGGAGCAGGCCGAGGCCGGAGGAUAACAGUCCCCCUGUCUCAGGUGGCCUGUCACGCUCACAGACACGAGUCCCCCUCAUUCAUCCCCCUCAGGGUCAAAGGGCACAAGUUCUACUUCCUCCUGGACAAAGAGGGGACCGUGAACAACGCCAGGCUGUUUGACACCACUGUCGGGGCUUACCGGCCAGUUUAAGCUGUGGUUAUUAAACUGUUGUCAAACUGUGUUGGACAACAAUAACACUGGUCCAUGGAUGUGAUUUACAUGGCUGACAAACAAAAUGUCAGUUUCUGUUUGAUUGUCUCUUCAAUUAAAUAAAAUCUAUGAGAUCAAAUGUG